AUGGCAGCAGCGGCAGAAGCAGUGGGAUCAAAAAGUGGGACUUUCACGCUUGCUACCUCUGUUACGCCCACACCCGCUCCUCGUGCUCGCCUACCUAGCGGCACAGCACAUGCGGAUGCAGAUGACCUUGCAGAUGACCUUGCUGCUGACUUUAGCGAUUUGGACCUUGAGGACAGUUCUCCGAUCACGUUAGGCUUGUCUGAUGCAGGCACCGACUCUAUCAACGAGCUUGAGCAAACGUCUUCCCUUACAGGAGAAAUCGCUCGUAUGGUCCCCGCGGUUAAAGAUGAGCAGAUUGUCAACAUGGCUCUUAUCUUGUUUCUAGAUGCACUAGCCAUUCAUUGCGAGGAUGUUAACGGUGGCUGGUCCGCACAUCGCCACCCGUUCGUAUUCAAGGACAAAGACAGGACCAAAAUAUACGAGGCCAGGGUCGACGGCUGCUUAACCAACUGA